UGUGCGGCAUCGCCCCCUGGUGGCCGGAGGACGAACACACAGCAUUAAACCGUUUUAUAAAAUGUCCAAAUAAUUCAUAAAUACAAUGUACAAUACAAAAUUAGUGCACUCCAACUAAAACUAUAACAUUAAAAUGUCAGGUUUUAUAAUUGUACUUUAAGAAUCAAGUAAAAUUAUUUGGAAAUAACUGCGGGAUUUACGUUGUCGUGACGUAGUCGACCAAUCCUUGUUUUCCCAGUUCACUCAUUUACAUUCAAAAGUUAAAAGAAGCUAACGUUAGCUAGCUAGCCAUUUCAGUGUUUUAUAGAAACUUUUAUAUUGCGCAACCCAUAAUUAAAUUAGUUUUGGAUCGAAUUGCUAAAUUAUGUAAGCGCUCAAGUUGUCUAGCCUAUGUUGCUUAGUUUUAAUUAACUUUAGUGUUACUUUAACGUUAGCCUUACUAAUUUAAGCUAGCUGACUGGCAUGCCCCCUUUAAAAGAUGCCCAAUACAAACUCAAAACAACAACAAUGAAGGUAGUUGCUGGAGAAAAAAACACAAAGGAAUUGGGUGUAAUAUUAGUGGGUCUUACUGUUAUGAUGUGAUGGACGAAGGGAGAGGACUGUCCCCUUCAAAGGAAAGAGCCUCAGCCUGUUACCCCUGGUCAAAUGAUACUUCAUCUGAGCUCCGGCACAGCACUCCAGUUAAAAAGAGAAAUGGUGGUGCUUCACUGGAUCCUAGACAACCAUCUGUCCUAAGCAGCUUCAAGAUGGACAGCACAACAAAGCAGUGGGCCAAAAUGACAUCUCCCAUCCCAGCAGACACCCUCUGUCCACCCAGCUUGCAGGACACCGAGUUUCCGGUGAAUGACCCGAGUGGCUCCACCAUUCAGAAGCAGAGGAGGGAGCUCCAGCUGCUGAUGGCGGAGCUGAAGGACCGGGACAGGGAGCUGAACACCAUGGCUGCCUCCCAUCACAAGCAGCUUCACGCCUGGGAACAAGACCGCCAGAGGGUGCUCACCUUGGAGCAGAGGUGUGCCCGUUUCGAUGAUGAGUUGCAGAAGCGUAACGAGGUGAUCAGAGUCCUGACUAAACGUGUGUGGGUGGUGGAAACCAGGGAGGAGGAGGUCCAAAAGGAGCUCGGCGUAGCUCAACAGCAGCUCUGUGACAGCCAGAACAUCAGUCAAAAAUGUCAAGACUUUGAGGAGAAGAACCAGAGUCUGAACUCCACGGUCAUGGCUCUGUCCACUCAAGUCGGCUCUCUGCAGGUCAGGGAGGAAGAACUGCGCUCCAUGCUCAAACUCAAGGACAUAGAUGUGACUGAGGCGUCUGGUCAUGUGGUCGACCUCUCAGGGAGACUACGAGAUCUGGAGACAUCUGUAACGGAGAGUCGCUCACAAGAGAGCAAACUCCUGAGAGACUCCGAGGAAAAUAAGCGUCGCUACAAAGAGGCCAGGCACGAGAUCACACACCUUAAAGAGGAGCUGCAGCAGCAGGUAACACAGAGCAGCACUCAGAGAGAAGAGAUCAUCCGUCUCAAACAGGAGCUGCAGCUGCUGCGCAGAGAUCAGGCUUUGUCAGGGGAGGGAGACGGCUGGAGAGAUGAGCUGCUUGAACUGGCUCGCUCCAAGCAGGAACGCACCAUGUCCGAGCUCCGCUGCAUACGACAGGUGUGCGAGAAUCAGCGUAAUGACCUGCAGCUUCUGCAGUUGAACCUGGAAAGUACCCGCGAAACUCUGCGGGAGAAGAACAGUCAGGGAUUACCUGGCAGUCAGGAGGAGUUAAGAUGCGUCUGUCUGGACAGCUGGUCACCUCCGUCACCCAGAGUGAAGAACUCCAGACGUUUACAUGACGCUGCCGCUCCACCUGCAGCCAAUCAGCAAGUCACGGUCAACGGUGACCCGGGAGACUUCUCAGCGCUCUCGAUUGAUGGUGAUGAUCCUCUGUCCAGCUGUUCUCUGCAGCAGCUGUUAAAUGAGUCCAGGCAGGUCAUCAGUUCAGAGCACUGCAGCUCGAGGCUCCACUGCUCCAUACACAGUAACAGUGUCCCUGCUAUGAGCUGUGGGACCACUGAUCCCCUUUACUCUCAUAAGGCAUCCCACCUCCACACAACUACCCCAACAUACAAGGCCAGUGAAACUCCACCCAAAGCCUGCCCUCGACACCAGCCAGCCAUGUGGUCGGCUUGACUUGGCUUGUAUUUACCAAAGCUUUCAAAAUCAGUGUUACUACAGAAAAUGCAAAUAUUAUAAGUUAACUCUAAAGUGUUAAAUAUCUGUAUGCAAAUAGUUAAAGGUUGAACGGUCUCUCAGGGAAAUUAUGAAGUGA